CAUCACUUAGAACGUCUUAGAACGCUCGAACAACAGAAAGUCUCAAAGCCUGUGUAAUUGACAAGUUCAACACCGAGACCAAACUCCUUAAUUAAGAUCAAACAAGAUUUCCGAAAUGCGAUCCCAAUCCAGUACCAUUUCGACUCCUCCACAUACGCAUUCUUCCGUUACAAGAGAGUUCAGCUAUGCGCCGACCUCAAGCAGAACCUCGAGUCUCAGGUCCCAUCACGCCCCUUCGUCCAGAGAAACAUCGAGCACACAGUUCCACUACGCACCCCUGUCAUCAACAACCUUCCUGUCUCAUUCGCUUCACCACCCGCCGCCUUCUUCACCCAGCUCAAAACCAACAUCUUCGCACUCCUAUUCAUCAGAUCACACCAGCCGACCAGGCUAUCCAGUCACAACUUCCAGCCUCACAUCACCAUACACUACAACAGGGCCUGCACAAAGCUUGGCUCCUAUAGACACGUUACCGCCAGGGCCAUCAGUCGGACUCACAAUCGCGGUACCAGUUCUGAUAGCGCUACUGCUGACUGCAGCUGUAGCGAUCUGGCUUGUGGAAGUCCAAGGCCAGGGACAGCCCAAGAGGACAGGACACAAACAAGAAAGCAGAGUCGAGAGUCAGCCAGAGUUCAUCUCGGGACCUGUUGGUUUGGGCAUCAGCCUCUACCCCACAGCGAAAGAAAUGAACAGCCUUGGACGCGAGGUAAAUGCAUUGAGUUGGUUCGACAGAGUGAUGGAGAGACUGGUAAAUUUUGCGGUGUUCAGAUCGAGGACUGAGCUUGGAUCGGACGCCGGAGAGAAUUUAUUGCUUCCAAUCCAAAAAGACAAAAGAGCGGAAAGCAAUACGAGUAGAUUUCAGGUUGACACCGAGCUUGAGUCAAUCCGAGGAUGCUAGAGCCAUAGGACAACGUAGACUCAGUUGAAGAGAAUCGCUCCAGAACUCCCUGAUCCUUGUCACAGACCUCGUGUACAUCUGUCCAUUGAGAGCGGAUACUCGCAUGCGCUCCUCCCGAAGAUUAUGCCCGCACCAAAUCCACCUCGCCUAUCAAUAGCUUCUUCGACAUCAACUCUGCGCCAGGAGGCUGAUAUUUCCUGCCACGAGAGGGUUGAUCAGACAGCGAAGAAUGGGAAAUUCUCAAGCGGGCAAUUCAACAGCAGCGUCUCGGUCUUUCGCUCGCUGCUCCUGCUCCUGGGCGUAUUGCUUAAUGCCGGUGACCCAGUUCUCGAAAUUCUUCUGGAGUGCCUGACCAAAUUUCCACUUGACAAUUCGAGCGGCAAGUCCUGAAAAGGUCUCCCACGACCUGUAGAUACAUGUGCCGUCACCCAGAUCCUCGAUUUCGUUGACCCU